GUAGAAAAUGUUGGAACCCGUUCUCCCGAGAGAGGGCUUAGACGGUUCGAGCAUGGAAUGCGCAUUGAGAGUUCCUGGAGGUGAUUGUGUCAAAAAUGGGGGCACGCGUUGCACGGUUGUUUAGGGAUUUUAAUUUAGAAAACCGUGUACAUCGUGAGAUUGGGAAGGCAAAACCCGAAGUGGCACCCCGACAUCUGACCCAUAUUGAUCCUGUUCAGAGUACAGAGGUUACCGAGAUCAAUGAUGCCAUCCACAAGAGAAACGACCCCCUCCUGGGGUUGCUGAAGUCGGUGUAUGUGGAAUCAAAGGAUCCUACCGAGGCUCCAAAGGAGGUGACUGAGGAGAACGUGGAGGAGCGCAGGCCACUGAAGUUCAACCUAUCGGGGGACCCCUAUGGGAUCGUGGAGCUCACUGAUGUCCCCAAAGGCAAACUGUCUAUUGCUGAGGCCCUAAAAGCUCUUAACAAUCACAAGAAUGCUCCCCAAACAUGGACAUUGGACAAGGUUGCCCAGGAGUACUCUCUUGACUUGAAAGACACUAAAGCACUUCUAGAGCAUUUCAUCCCCUUCGAGGUUAAGAUCAUACCUCCCAAGACAAAGGACGAUUCAAAGCAGAUCAAAGAUACCUAGGACAGAUAUGCAGUAUAUACCUGGCCUUUCAAGACAUCUAUCAGCCGAGUGAAUGAUUUAUUUAUGUAAAUGUACUAUCGGGUUGUCUGCCUUGCUUCAAGGUUCAGGAUAGGAAUAGAGUAAGUGUGGGAUUAUUUUGUUUUUCUGUUACGAAACGAGGGAGACGCAUGAUUUAAACCCAGUACACUACUGUUCAGAGCCAGACAUGUUACCGCCACUCCCAAGAAAGCGAACUUCAUUGUGGUAAUGGUGAUCAGUGUUGUUAAACGGCAAGGUCGUAAAACACUACUCCGUAUGAUUUGUGUCAGUCUUUAAUAAAUCUCGAUACGCAUUUUAAUAAUGACAAAAUCAACCAAUUCUAUAAUUGUAAUGAAUGAUGCGAUAUUGGCCUGCAAAUCCAUUCAUACUACUUCUCUAAUUCCUUUCCUAACAAGGCUUUCAUCCCUGUAUCACAACUGACAGUAAAUUGACUGUCACUUGCUAAUUUGGCAUCUUUAUACAAAUCGCAAUGUACUCUCUUCAAUUUUUCAUUUAUAUGAGCCAAUGUUAUGUAUUUCUGUAAUUCCCAUUAAGAGUGGGAAAACAUUUUGAUGUCGGAUUUUGUUUGUCUUCCGUGGGUAUCCAAGCAAGCACUUGUGUUUUAAGUACUGUAUCAUGAUUAUAUAAACUACAUGACCAAAAGUA